GGCGACGGCCGCAGCCGCCCCUCCCGCAACCCCAUCUCGUUGACUCGCCUCCCCUCCCGCCGAACCGUCGUCACAUCGAUCGCGCACGCGAACGAAACCCAACCCCAAUCGCCGCUCGCUCGCUCGCACGCACGAGCCCCGCGGCGAGAAGACGACCGGCCCGGCGCCGGGAAUGGUGGGCGCAGCGAGGCGGAAGAAGCGGGUGGGGCGGUACGAGGUGGGCCAGACCAUCGGCCAGGGUACCUUCGCCAAGGUCAAGUUCGCCGUAGACGCCGACACGGGCGCCGCCGUCGCCAUGAAGGUGCUCGACAAGGACACCAUCCUCAACCACCGCAUGCUGCACCAGAUCAAAAGGGAAAUAUCAAUAAUGAAGAUUGUAAGACACCCCAACAUAGUUAGGCUUAAUGAGGUGCUAGCUGGAAAGACAAAGAUAUACAUAAUCUUGGAACUUGUCACUGGAGGUGAACUGUUUGAUAAAAUAGCCCGCCAAGGGAAGCUUCAUGAGAAUGAAGCUAGGAAGUACUUCCAGCAGCUUAUUGAUGCCAUUGAUUAUUGCCAUAGCAAACGAGUGUAUCACAGAGAUUUGAAGCCUGAAAAUCUGCUUCUCGACUCACGUGGAAACUUAAAAGUUUCUGAUUUUGGACUUAGCACACUGUCCCAGAAUGGAGCAGGCCUUCUUCACACAACAUGUGGAACUCCAAAUUAUGUUGCUCCUGAGGUGCUUGGAAACAAUGGGUAUGACGGAUCUGCGGCAGAUGUUUGGUCAUGUGGUGUUAUUCUUUAUGUUUUAAUGGCUGGUUACCUCCCCUUUGAGGAAAAUAACCUUCCAAGCUUGUAUGAAAAGAUAACUGCAGCUCAGUAUUCGUGCCCAUAUUGGUUCUCCCCAGGAGCUAAGUCAUUGAUCCAAAGAAUACUUGAUCCAAAUCCAAUAACUCGUAUCACUAUUGAAGAAAUAAUGGGAGACCCAUGGUUUAAGAAGAACUAUGCAGCUAUUAGACGUGGUGAAGAUGAAAAUGUCAGCCUGGAUGAUGUUCAGGCUGUUUUCGACAAUAUUGAGGACAAGUAUGUAUCUGAGGAAGUGACUCACAAGGAUGGUGGUGGUCCUCUUAUGAUGAAUGCAUUUGAGAUGAUUACUCUAUCUCAGGGUUUGGAUCUUUCAGCAUUGUUUGAUAGGCAACAGGAGUUCAUUAAACGCCAAACCCGUUUUGUCUCAAGAAAACCAGCUAAGACUAUAGUAGCUACAAUCGAAGUUGUUUCUACAUCUAUGGGUCUCAAGGUCCAUUCCCAGAAUUACAAGCUGCGGCUUGAAGGAGCAUCAUCAAACAGAAUGAGCCCAUUUACUGUUGUUCUAGAGAUUUUUGAAGUUGCCCCUUCUCUAUUCAUGGUCAAUGUUCGAAAGGUUGCCGGUGACACUCUGGAAUACCACAGGUUCUACAAGAACUUAUGCAGCAAACUUGACAGUAUAAUCUGGACGCCGACAGAAGUUUCUGCAAAACCUACAUUGCUGAGGACGACCACUUGCUAGCCUAGCACUGAGCCACUGAUGCAGUAACACACACAGCAAUGAGAGCCAAAGAUGGGAGCUUCUCUGAAAUCCGAAGCUGCUUUCGCAGGCGACACAUGUACCGCAGCUGAAUCUUUAGUAGAUCAGACAAGGCAGCUUAUAGCACCGGAUGUUUGUAGCAAUGUCAGUUUAGAUAGUCUGUAUAGUGCGAGUUGUGCAGCCUGUAUGUAAUAGGAUCCAGAAUUUCCACAGAAUCGAUUCCUUGAUAUGUAUCAGGCAAUCAGCUGGCUGGCGUGCUCAUGCCAGAUCUUGUAAAUGCUCGAGAGAUCCAAGACCAUCUGAUUUUGUGAAGGGCAUGCAAAUCGUUCUGCUGCCUAUACGCUGGAAUGGCUUCUGGACGUGAGAAAUGGUUGUUGCAAUGUAGGCCUUGGUUUCCUA